AUGACUGCCAUCAAGUCUGUCUCUCCCCGUGUGUCCAGCGAGGAUUUGACCGACACAAUGACUGCUGACUCGCUGACUCGACUCAGAAGCUGCUUUGAGCCAAAGGUUCCGAUUCAAAACAAAAAGGCCAAGAUUGAAAACGGACUCUCGCCAAAAAACUGGUAUCAUUCGGUGCUCUAUACAUACUACUCUUGUCUACGUAAAUCCUUUAAUUGCCUGAUCUACAACUUGUAUUUGGAAAUGAUUCACAAGUUCAAUCAGCUGAUGGGUAUUAUUAUCGUCCCCGAAUCAACAACUAUGGGUUCGUUGGCUGUUAAACCCCAAGCUUUUAUUUUAAAUGAUAGGGGCAAGAAAGCAUCUUUAUAA